GCACCUGUCAUAUUUAUGUCGGCUGUUGUUAUGUUUAGCACAUUAAGGUAGAUCACAAGUAUGUAGAUUAUUUCCAAUAUGUCAGUGAUUAACAGCGGAUGCGCUUGACGAAUAAUAAAUACAUACGUAUAAUAGCACAUAAAAUAUCCUUCGACAAUCAUGGCUACGAUUAACGGCAUACUCAAAGCGGUGGAUACAUUGAAAAAUUUGCAUCUUCAAGAUAUGUCGCACGAUUAUACAGCAAGAAAAAAAGAAAAAAUCGGGUACUGCACUACUGUGGCUGAUGGCAUUUGCUCUUCUGCUGCUAGACUCACUCCGAAAUUUACUCAAGUUCUUAACGUCGCUAUAGAGACGCUGCUAAUGCUUUGCGAUGACUCGGAAUCUGAUGUCAGAAUGGUUGCCGACGAAUGCUUGAAUAGGAUAAUACGAGGGGCUAUGACAGAUGGCAACAUAAUGAAGGUACAAAUUGUAUUAUAUUGUGAAAUAAAAAAAAACGGUGCUGCCCGAACGUUGAGAACAGCACUGUGGAGGUUCGCGCAGCUGGGCCACAUGAUCCGACCGCUCAAGGGAAAGGCUUACGUGGCAAAUCUGAUACCUUGUAUUGUAGCUAUCGCUCAGCGUUCCGAAGAAUCUGUUAUCGAGACACUAGCCAAUUCUUUACCGUUGAUUUUAAAAACUCUGGGGAACUUCACAACAGAUAGCAACGUUAAGACUCUACUCAAUGCAUUCUGUCAAAACAUACCUUCACCACAGGCUGUAUUCCGCAGAACUGCAGCUAAUAUGAUUCUUACAACUUGUUUGAACUCUCGAAACCCUCAGGCUUUCUUAUUGUACGUUUUACAGUAUAUGAUAGAUACUCUCGUGCCAAUAACUGAUGACGAAGACCGUGUUACAAUGGUAAUUGGAGUAUUUGGUUGUCUAAGGAUAAUAAUACCUCAUAUUGAUGAAACAUCAAAUUUGAGCCAACCUGAUGUCCCUCUUCAUAGCUUUAUACAGGUGUAUGAGCUCUGUCUACACUUUGCCAAGUGGCACUCUGAUCACAAUGUUGUCAAUGCAGCAUUGGAGACCUUGGCUCAAUUACUACAAUUCCCUUUAAAAGAAUUGGUUCCGAUCUUGGUGUCCCAUCAAGGGAUUACACGCAGCAGGAUAACAAUGAAUGAAAAUACUGCUCGCCUUUCUUUGGGACCGAUGAGUGGUUCCAAUGUAACAAUAUCCGGAAAAAAUUCGGAAUCGACAUUGAAUCUGUUCGAUCCAGAUAUUCCUGAAAUCAAACCGACAGUAGAGAAGUGGAUUGUCGAUUCGGAGAAUGUCUUGCCAGUGAUUCAACGACCCCAUAUCAAACAAGCGGACACCAAUCAAAUGAUGGGAAAAAAGGAAAAGUCUUUGGAGAAUUACAGCAGCUUGAUCAUCGGAUCUCUUGACAGCGAGGGAGUCGAGGAAGAAAGCGACACUGGAAGUGAUAUUCUGAAGGCAGAGCGUUCGACUGAUCUUAGUUUGCCGAGUUUACAGUCUAAAGAAGACGAGUACUUGGAUGAGGUAUCGUCAUCCGUAACAUCUUUGCACAGAACAUCAUCUGGGGUUCUGUAUCAUGAAUGUGACAUAGGAACGUUUACGGAUGCUGACGUACCCCUAAAAUAUUGUUGUCGAUACUUGGUGUCGUCGUUUUUGCUGACUGGAAUUCCUGGUCAAUUGAUACCUGACAAAAUAUUCCGAGUUAGCGUUAAAUCACUUGCUCUAACUUGCAUUGGUCAUAUUUUACGACUUUAUCCAAACUUACUUUUAUCGACAAUGGAUAAAACUCCGAAUAGUAAUGUAGAACAACAAUACAUCAGCGAUAUACUACUUUUUGCUAAUCAUUCCGAUCCUCAAAUAAGGGGGAAUGUUGCCAUGGUGAUUGGAUAUUUUCUGAAGGCUGUUUUCCUGCAAUCUGGUGAUAAAUACAGAAAUAUGGAAAUAUUUCUAAGGUCGACCAUACCUGAUAGAAUAAAGGAUAAUAUCUUGUCGUUAGAAAAUCUUACAGCGCUACUAUUAGAGGGAUUGAAGGACGAGUCUGCUACAACAUGCAGACAAACACUUUUAGCAUUAAAUCUAUGUCUGGCUGACUUGAUAGAGUCGGCAAAUAACAAGUAUGCUUUACCAAUUCUCAAAGCUCUGCCACUACUUGUGAAAAACCCAUAUUUUCUUGUUAAAAUCAAGCUAGUCGAGGUUCUUAGUAAUUUGCCAUACACAACCGUCGAGUAUGUAACAGGUGGCUCACAUUUUCAAAAAAAUGUUAUCUCGGUAAUGGUUGAGUUAUUGGGGGACCAAGAUCAAAGGGUACGUCACGCUACAGCUUCUGCUAUUGUUCAGAUUAUUCCUUUGCUGUACUAUCAACAUCCGCACGAAGACACAGUGACAAGAAAGGCAUCUAAAUUGACUGAAAGACAUUUAUCCGAUAUGAUAUCGAACCCACUAGAAAACUCGUCUUUCCAAACAGGAAACAACUCAUCGUUCAACAGUUUGCCAAAGCCCUUUGAUCUAUUGUGUCAACAGGAUGGAUAUGAAUAUGACGAGAGAAUAGAAUCUGUACUAUCGAGAAUAAUUAGUUUGCUUACACAAAAACUGGUUAUAGGUUCGUCAAAAUACUUGAACUACGGGUGUUGUGAGACACUUAGUUUACUCAGUGAAACAUUUUUGACGACGAUUUAUCCAAGAGCCUGGGAUUGUUUAAUUCCAAAAACAACCGUCAAGAAGACAUACAAGAGGUCCAACAGUCGUGGAGAUACAAUAAAUGAAGCAACACCAGCUGGUGGUCCUGUUACACCCACGAGUAACGCAUUGAUAUCUUUAACUGUGUCUUUUUUAUCUUCGUCCCCGUUGAGCUUAGAUCUUUCAACCCACAGACAUUUGAUGCUUUUGGCUGGGAACUUGGCAUCAGGAAUAGCUAUGUGCAAUUUAAAGCCAAAUGAACCUCUGAACAAUAGUGAUUCAGAACCUGUUAAAUUGUGGGGCUUGUUCAAGGAGAAACAAAUUCAUCAACAUUUCGAACAGCUCUUGACGCAUGUCAUCCGAAUUCUCAAUACUUUUGUGCACGUCAUUGACGAGGUACAUUUACAGCAUCCGAAUACUAAAUCUGCUCUGCCACCUCUACCAACUGCUCAGGCUCUAUCACCUAAAAGGAAGCUGAUAUCCGAUCAGAAAUCUAAGGAUAAAGAGGAAAAGACAUCCAGCUCAAAGUUCAGUCGAGAACAAAUGGGUGUGUUCACCAAUUUCCCACAUUAUAUGAAACUGUACGAGAUUUUAAAGGCUGCUAAUACAAAUUACAAAUCUACGCUAGAAUCGGAAGCAAGUAAAAUGUAUCUCUCGCUGUUGAAUGCGACGUUACAAGUGUUAUCCCAAAUCUUGGAGAUAGCGACCAUACAUGAAGCUGGCAGGAUAGCGGAAGAAAUAUUACAUUAUUUGCAGACGACAGUUAUUUUGUCUCCAACAGCAACGGUCCAAUGUGUACAACAGCUACUCAAGUGCUUGUUUGGUAGUAACUUAAGCAUUCGAUGGACAGAUCCAGAUUAUCAGAAAAAUUUUGAGAGAAGAAACUUUAGAGAUGAUUCCAAGGGUUUUUAUACACAAUGCUUUCAAACACCAGCAAGACAAAUGGCAGAUAUGAUUAAAACUAUUGGAAAUACUUGUCGAAGUGGGAAUGAUCCCAGUUCUGGCUGGAUAGGUCUUGUACAAAGAAAAGGGGAUCGUAAAAUGAGCUCAGUGUUCAGAAGUUUGUCACGGCAUUCCGAUCAGAAAGCAUCGGUUGCCUCAUUUAUUCGUCUUUUCGAACCAAUGGUCAUCAAAUCAUUGAAACAAUACACAGUCACAAGUUGCGUAUCAUUACAAUGCAGAGUUUUGUUGUUGUUAAGUCAACUGGUACAACUACGGGUCAAUUACUGUUUGUUAGACCAGGAUCAAAUAUUCAUUGGCUUUGUUCUAAAGCAAUUUGAAUUUAUCGAGGAAGGAUACAUUCAGGAAACUGAAGAAUUAAUACCAAAAAUAUUUAAUUUCCUUGUUCAGCUGUCUUAUGAGAAAUAUCACUCUAAGGUGAUAAUUGGCAUCCCCAAGAUAAUUCAGUUAUGCGAUGGACUCAUGGCCAGUGGACAGUCACCUCCUACUCACUGCAUCCCGGCUCUCGUACCUUUAAUUGAAGACAUAUUUCUUAUCAGGGGUUCAAGUUCGACGGUGGCAGAACAAAAGGAACUGGAAACAACCAGAGAUGUUUUAGUAUCUAUGUUGCUAAGAUUAGUCGAGUAUCAUGAGGUGAUACAACUGCUAGCCGCCUGUUUAAUGGAAUCAAGAUACAGCAGCGAUGGUAAUGGUGAAGAAAAGUGGACACGCUGGUCUAGGCUGACCAUAGAUUCAAUUCUACCCGUUCUGGCUUCUGGUAAAGUUAGACUCGAGUCAAAGGAGGCUCACAUCGCACUAGUCAAACUUUUCUCAGCUGUGUCGCCAACAGUAUUUAGACCGGUCGAUCCGUUGCUCAAAGUGUUGUUCAUCCAAGCACCAAACUCACAAGAUUCCGUUCUGAUUAUGGAACGCUGGCUGGGAAUGGUAAACGUGGUUUUGCUCGCUUUGAUAUCAUAUGCCAAAGAAGAAGCCAUGCUUGCUCGACUCUCGGAUCUGAGUUUGUAUAACGCCAACUUUUACUCUGGUUCUGUGUACACCUCAAAGGAAACAAUGUCUGAUCCGUUGAAUGUGCGAAGUGCGAGCGCCUACGAUAUUGCGCCAGAAAAAGUGUUAGCCAGGUUCUUGUUUAAAGUUAUUGGUCUAAUUACAUCAAAGGUGUACGAUCUAGUCGGUCUUAUCAAUUAUAAAAACCAUGACUGCUAUCUGGGUGCUGCUAAUUCUUUAGGGAACGACAACUAUUUGGUACAACAAUUUGCAUUCUUUUUGCAAUUGUGUAUUCACAUGUUCGAGUCUGGUAGCCACUGUAAAGUUGCUAAUGCCACAAUGCAAAUGAUGCAAGGGCGAAACGUACUCCAGGAAGACAAAUUAAUGUUGACCGAAUUGAAUUCUCUAAUGCUCCAACUAGGGAGCAAAUGUCCUAUACUGACGUGCCAGUGGGCAUAUCUGAUGACGCUUCUUAGUUACAGCGAAAUGUCCUUUUGGGAAGAAAUUUUAGCCAAACAGUCACCAAAUAAUGCGGUACGUUCAACUCUCAGCAGAUACAACGCGAGUGCCAUGAAUUCUGAUCAAAUAGAGCCAAUGAGCAACCUGUGCAAUAUUAAUGGAGAAAUUGUGAGGAAGGGAAGUACCAUACUAUUCUGUGACUAUGUAUGCGAGAAUAUUAAUGACGCGGAACCACUAACUUGGUUGUUGGUCAAUCAUAUUGAGGAAACUAUAUCUCUCGCUAGAGAACCUCCGGUGAAAGAACUCCUGGCCGCGGCGGUUCACAGGAAUCCGGCAGCAAGCGGUCUCCUUGUUCAAGCGAUAGCUGCGAGGUGCUUAGAUCUGUCAAAGCCUAGUUUUGUGAAAAGAUUGCUUCAGUGCUUGGAGGGUACCCACCAGUCUCAAAGUGGAGCUCUAAUCUUGGCUAUGGUACCAAGACUACUCACUUCGAAAUAUUUGGCAUUGUGCAGACUGGCGGCAAAAAUUGCCAGUCGAAGGGCUGAAAUUUUACUAACAUUGAGUACCGAGGACAUUAAGACGCAGCUGCCUAGAGAUGAUUUCAUGGAGAUGAUGAACAUCUUGUUGUCGACGAGAUUGGCAAAGAAAUAUGGUGGUCUGGUUAGCUUGUUGAACAAACUCGGUGCUCAGCACUACGAUUUGUCACCGUUGGAAUUGGAACAGCGUCGACCUUUUAAUCCGUCGAGCAUCAGAGGUAUUCAGCUUGAUAGGAACUGGUUUUAUCUUCAGACUAAACUUCGUUGUUGUCAUAAUAACAGGAAAUACAGUUUACUAGAAUCUGCUGAACUACUUGGUAAUAUGAACUAUGAAGACACUUUGCAAAUUAUGUCCUCUAACGAUUUUAAUUUAAAAAUCGUCAAGGAAUGCUUCAAAUUGGGCAUUAGAUAUACAGUUAAGAAAUGUCAAGAGCUUGGAUUCAGUAGAAACGAUGAAGAAACUGAUAUUGUGUUCGAAGAAGGUGAUCUCUACAAAGCGGCGAAGGAAUGCUUACUACAACAUGUACAGAAUAUCAACGAACUCGUGCCUAAACAACGUGAAAUUUUUCAUCCCAUAGGUCGAGAUAUGAAUACUAAGGAGGCUAAAUACGUAGCCAAACUUUCAGAACUGAUGAACGACAAUGUUUACUGGAAUACUUUGCUUACAAUUAUUCCAUCCGUUACUGUAUACAUUGAAACAUUACCAGCGCUAUUGAAAUAUGGUCUGUCAGAGAUCAAUUCGAAAUUCGAGGACGUUUUGGCCAAGUUUGGACUGCUGUGCUUUGAAGUGAUACACUGGAUGCUUAAGGAAUGUGAAAACAACAAGAGAAAAUUAAAGCCAGAAGAACUGGAGGUGGCGUUAAGGUGCGCUGAGGCAAUAUUGAAGAAUCAGAAUCUGCAUAAAGCAUUUGGCAAUAAUCAUUACUGGGUUUGUACCGCAUCAGCGACUUUGACAAGGAUUGUCGAACAUUUGUUGGCUUCUAAUCAGCGUCUUCCUGUCGUCAAUAGUUGCGGACUUAAACCAGCACUGGAAAAUAAUGAAACAAGACCUUAUGCACAAGCCUGUAUAGAAAUGGCAAUGCUCGUCGCUUGGCUGGAAAAGCAUCAAGGCGAGGGCGCGCCAGAUAACAUUCCAUUAUUCUUAUUUAAUCCAAUUAAAAGUCUGAUUAUAACUGUGAGCAGAGAACCUUUAGUCAAUUCUUUUGUUCUCACUCCUCCGCUAGUUUGGAAGCAUGGCUGGCAUGUAGUCGGCUCAGGUCCCACCAAGUGUCUUGUGCCGUUGUUAUCUUCUGAGUCUAAUUUGUUGCAUGAAGUCGACGUACUUGAACAGUUUAUUUAUCGAUUGACUUUGUUAGGAUGGACCUCUAGGCUUCAGUUUGAGGAAACGUGGAUGGCAUUGUUGAGUGUAUUAAAUAUCACUCAAAAUGAGGGCAUGUCUUUUGAUGAAUUAGCUGUUUCCAUUCAGGCGACAAGCUUGGCUGUUCAAGCUAUAACCAACCUGUUGACCCAGACUUUGCUUUUGCCGUGCCCCGGGAAUCCGGUAAACAGCACUUUCAUUCACCAGUCAAGAGAUCCACAGCUUUCUCUGCAUAAAAUUAGCUCUCAGAAACUUUACUUGAUACAAGAAACUCUGAUAUCAAAGUUUGAGUAUGUUAAUGAAUCAAAAAGUAUUCAUGGGUUGACACUAGAUCACAUUUUUCACCGAGGGAACAUUGAGCGAGUAUCUAACAGGCAUCAAUACAGUUACAGUCAAUUUUCUCUACCUUUUUUAUGGGCGUCCUGCUCUUUGCACGAAGACAAACUCAGCUCCAGUGUUUUGGAAUUGAAGAAAUAUCGUAACAACGUUUUAGAGUCUUUAUCUUUGGACCUAAAUUCUUGUCUCCACUUUUUGCUGGAACUCUACUCCUCGUGGACUCUGCCACGUGUAAACACGCCCCUGAGAUUAUUGAACGAAGUGACCAAAUCAAUACUAGCUAUCUCAGAAUUGUUCACCGAGAGAUCUCAGUAUCAAUGGAUGCUCGAUACUUGCUUGGAUUUGUCCAGGGUUCAUCCAAUCGAGAAUGAAAUCUUACAUCAGUAUCUCGUUAUCGCAGUGUGCAAAGCUACUGCUGUUCUCGCCCCACUAGAUAGUGAAACUCUUGAAAAAGUGAAACGUUUGAUAGAAACGAGUUUAAAAUCUGGUUUCCUGCCAGCCAGGGUCUUCGCCUUACAAGGAACCCUCUAUCUUUUGCAAAGUGCUGUAUUUGCCGACUGUGAAGAAACUAUGAAUAUUAUCCAUCCAUUAGCCAUAGAAUAUAUUCAGAAGCACAUAGAUACUCAAGACUCGCAAGGUGUUCUCAGCCAGAGUGAAGAGCAUCAAGGAGUAAUGUGGGCACUAGUCUUUUUCCUCUUGGAGCAUGCCGAAGAUACGCCACCAGAUGCAGAAGCUCCGGCAGUGCUGGAACUCGUGCUUUCUCUGGUCAAUACUCAAAAUAUUUCAACUUCUCUUCAUCAGACGUUGUUACAAGGUUUGGAGCGAUUAGUUGCUACAAAAAGUGUAGUUGGUAAAGUCGCAGAACAAAUUGUGAAAGUUGCAGUUGAUAGACUGAAACAGGCGAGUCCGAUUCUGGCAUUACCUGCUUUGCAGUUACUGCUAACUUGUAUGUAUACUGGUGCAGCCGAGAAGUUGAAUAAUCCAGAGAUUGAGGAACCUUUACCCGACGAGGAGCCUGAAGUGUUGGUGCAGUCUAUCGAAAGAACGUCUGCGAUUUUUGAUCGAAUCAAAAAGGGAUACCCUAUGGAAGUUGAGGUAUUAUGCGGAGUUCUACCAGGUGUUCUUGGUGAUUUUUUCCCACCCUGGGAAAUUCUCACCAAAGUAAUUGGGGAAUUUUUAUCACCUCAACAACCUCAUCCCAGGUUAUUAUCUGCCGUUGUUUUCCAGGUAUGCGAAAGAGCUUGCAACAGCGCGCAACUGGGACUACUGCAGGAAUGGGUAGUUUUCAGCUUACCAAACUUCAUACAGAGUUUACCAAUCGCAAUGUCGACGUGGUGUUUGUCUUGUUUCUUUAUCAGUGCAUCGACAAAUCCCUGGCUUAGAGCAUUCUUUCCACAUGUACAGUCAAGAAUUGGAAAGUACGAAUAUGAGGAUAAAAAAAUUCUCUGCAUAUCGGCAGCUGAUUUUUACCAGAAGCUCUCAAACACUAAUCAAAAGAUGGCAUUCGUUGAGACGUUUGAAUCAGCGGCAAAGGAACCAGGCACUCCAUUCAGUGAUAUUUUAGCAUCCCUGUAGCUGGUGUUAAUCACUGGGCUUCCUACCUCGACAUGACGUACAAGAAUUUAAGAACUAAAUAGAUAUUUAAGUAAAUAUUAUGUGUUCGUUUCACUGUACAGUAUGAAAUUUUAUGCGCAAUGUUACUGAAGCUGUUAUUGAUUUUAGAUUUAUAUGUACAUAAUUAUUAUUAUAUUUAUUGAUGCGCGUUGAAAAAAGGAGAAAGUAACAAUAAAUUUUAUUUUGUAAUCAAAA